UCUGCAGUGGCCCCGUUAUCUCAGCUCAAGAUGUACAGCUUCAUGGGAGGAGGCCUGUUCUGUGCUAUAGUGGGUAACAUCCUGCUGGUGGUCUCCACUGCCACUGACUACUGGAUGCAGUACCGUCUCUCUGGAAACUAUGCCCACCAGGGUCUGUGGAGGUACUGCAUGUCCAACAAGUGCUACAUGCAGACCGACAGCAUAGCCUACUGGAACGCCACCCGGGCAUUCAUGAUCCUCUCAGGGAUGUCGUGCUUCGCGGGCAUCAUCGCCGGCAUCAUGUCCUUCGCACACUUCUCCUCCUUUGAACGGUUCAACCGCUCCUUUGCUGCAGGAAUCAUGUUUUUUGUCUCCACUUUCUUUGUUCUGCUGGGUAUGGCCAUCUAUACCGGAGUCACAAUCAACUUCCUGGGAAGACGUUUUGGGGACUGGCGCUUCUCCUGGUCAUACAUACUGGGAUGGGUGGCCAUGCUUAUGACCUUUUUCGCAGGUAUUUUCUACAUAUGUGCCUACAGAAUGUGUGAGUGUAGGAGAGGAACUAGUCCACGGUAA